AUGGCUAUGCUGACCACAUCUUUUAUCUUUCUCACACUUUUUUCCACACAAAGCCAAGCAAUUAGCAACAACCCACCACCAGUGAAAUGCAUCGAACGAGAGCGGAAAGCACUUUCCGAGUUCCGCAAAAGCCUAACUGACGAAUCGGGCCGAUUAUCCUCCUGGACAGGACAAGAAUGCUGUUCAUGGGCAGGGAUCAGCUGCAGCAACAAAACAGGUCACGUCUUAAGCCUAAACCUUCACAAUCCCACCCCGUUCGAUCCCGACACUUUCUACAACUCCAAGGAUGGAGCUUACAUCUCAUACUACACCAAAUCUUGUUUAAGAGGCCGCUUAAACCCGACUAUACUCAACCUCCACAAGCUACAGUCCCUCGACCUCAGCCACCAGGGGCGAAGCCAGAAAUUUUGGUUGCUGGGGUCGGGACAAACCCCAGGCUCGCCCAUAUAUAGAUCCGCCCCUGCUGGCGGGCGUCGGUGUCGGACGACCCCAGCCACUGAACGUAGCUUCGCCACUGUCAGCCACAACAACUUUUCCGGUUCUCUCAUUCCUAACUUCUUCGGAUCCUUAAAAAAUCUAAGAUAUCUCAAUCUUUCCACCACUCGUUUUGAGGGAGAAUCCCGCCUCGAAAUUUUGGAUGUGAGCGAUUUUUGGAACAACAGGUUGACUUCCAAAAGUCUGCGUUGGGUUUCGGGCCUUUCGUCUUUGAGACAACUGGACCUGUCGGGAGUUUACUUGGGACGAGCCGCGGAAUGGUUGGGUCCACUUUGCGAGCUACCUUCACUGACCAAACUGAACCUUUCAAAUACACUGCUUUCCACCAUUCAUUCUCUUUCACGGCGGGGUGAUUAUUAUUUUCCUUCUCUUGUGUCGUUGAAUCUUCAGUGGAACACUAUAGAUUCGGAUUCUCUUCCGAAUUGGUUGUUUAACCUUAUUGGCCUUGUCGAGCUUCGGCUCGAUGGAAAUGGAUUUCGUGGGCCGAUACCCCAAGAGUUUGGUCGGCUGUCGUCUUUGACAGCUCUUGGCCUCUCGCGUAAUUUUUUCAACGGGUCCUUGACGGAUUCUUUGUUCGGGCUGAGUAACUUGAUUUAUUUGGACGUGUCGCAAAACCAGCUUGAGGGGACGAUUUUGGAUGGUAUUACUACUAAUCUUUGCAAUUUGAAGUAUUUGGAUUUGUCUGCCAAUGAUUUCAGAGGACGUAUCCCCGGGUUUGGAGCUGAUCAAAAUGGAGGGGAAGGUUGUUUUGAGGAUCUACAGAAUCUUCGAGCUUCUCACAACUCGUUAACCGGACCCAUCCCGGCUUCAUUCGGAAGUCGGAACACUAUUCUCUCUAAGGGAGUUGGAUAUUAA